CCCACACAUGCACACCUCUCUUUCUACCGUAAGUUUCUCAAUUCUUUUCCUUCUGCAUUUUAGAUCUAAAUACCGAGACUUGUGACAUUCAAGGUCUGCAUUGACGAAUUGGGUCACUCUUCCAUAUCAAUUUUUUCACGAUACAAGAUGGGGCUGUCUUUCACCAAACUUUUCAGCAAACUUUUUGCUAAGAAAGAUAUGCGUAUUCUUAUGGUGGGUCUUGAUGCUGCUGGUAAAACCACCAUUUUGUAUAAGCUCAAGUUAGGCGAAAUCGUUACCACCAUUCCUACCAUUGGAUUUAAUGUGGAAACUGUGGAAUACAAAAACAUCAGCUUCACAGUGUGGGAUGUUGGGGGCCAAGACAAGAUUCGACCACUAUGGAGACACUACUUCCAAAACACACAAGGGCUUGUCUUUGUGAUUGACAGCAAUGAUCGAGAUCGUGUUGUUGAGGCUAAAGAUGAGCUGCAUAGGAUGUUGAAUGAGGACGAGUUGAGGGAUGCUGUGCUUCUUGUGUUUGCAAACAAGCAAGAUCUUCCAAAUGCAAUGAAUGCUGCUGAGAUCACCGAUAAGCUUGGCCUUCAUUCUCUUCGACAACGCCAUUGGUAUAUCCAGAGUACAUGUGCCACUUCCGGUGAAGGAUUGUACGAGGGAUUGGACUGGCUUUCAAACAACAUUGCUAACAAGGCUUAGAGGAUUCUGCAGGUUACUAUCUCCUUCUGUGAGUACGUAUAUGUGCAACCCCAGCCCAUCAUAUAUCGCAAAUAGGAAAGCAAUGUGUCUUGGCUUAUAUUAUCCUAGCCUGUAACGGGUUCUACUUGGUCUAUUUCAGUUCAUUGUCUAGACUUGAUUUGCUAAGCCAAAUAUUAUUCGUAAAGUCGUAACUGAUGAUCUACUUCUUGCUUAAAUGAGGAUGUACUCGGUCAUUACUUUGUCACAGAAUUUUCGAGAUCCAAGGCGAUCAUAGUUUGUCAGUUUGAUUUAUUGCAACUGGCAAGAGUACCAAAGUGGGAGGUGGGACUUGACUA